AUGAGCGGGACACCAGGACACACAGAUCCACAGGCCGCUGCUGUCAUGCCAGUCAAGGCUCGCGUUGUCGAGGCUGGCACGGCUGCAAGCAGCUCCUCCCGCAGCAAGGUGCUACUGCCCGUCGACAUCAUCCGAUCGCUGAAAUUGCAGACGGGCGAUGCUGUGCUGAUCACAGCCGAGGCAUCAGUUGACAAUGAUUUCGCUGUUGGGACUGUAUGGCCAUCUUUCGCGCUUGAAGCUGGGACCAUUCGCCUCCCACUCGCUGCACAGAUGCCCAGUGGGCUUGCAUCCGGCCAAACGGUUUUGGUCCUUCCUCUCCAAGCAACUCAGUCGAAGAGCGCCUCUAGAAAGCCGCCGACAGCUACAUCCGCUGUUAUUUCAGCCCUUUCGCCAUCCAGUUCGAGCUCUCUCGCGAAGCUCGGCACGUCUGACCGACAGAUGCUCACUGUGCACGCCAAGGAAGCUUUGACCGAUCUCGAAUGCGUCCAUUUGGGUCAAGAACUUUCUUUGAGCUUCCAAGGAGAGCUUUAUCACUUUAUUAUCACGUCGCUGCAUGAUGCAAUUGGGCAGCAAGAGUGGAACGUUUCGACGAGUAAUCAGUCGGGUCCAGCAGGGAGCACGACGCAAGUUUGCGUAGCGAGCCGGUCAACCGAGGUUUCCAUCACCACCUCUGAAGCGGAACUCAACAAAACGAAAGACGCAGCAAUCGGACCUGCAGAGGUUGCUCCUGGCAAGAACCCAUACGCGAAGCUGGGCGGACUGGAUCGACAGAUUGCAGAGAUCAAGACUCUGAUUGAGAUGCCACUCAUGUCUCCCGAGAUCUUUGUCCAGUACGGGCUCAAACCGCCGAAAGGAGUGCUGCUGUACGGCCCGCCUGGAACGGGAAAGACUUCUCUCGCACGGGCAGUCGCUGCCGCUACCGGCUCAUCUUACCUCACCAUCAACGGGCCAGAACUCUCGUCUGCCUUUCAUGGUGAGACCGAAUCCAAACUUCGCAGCAUCUUCAGAGAAGCAAGACGCAAGAGCCCAUGCAUCAUCAUCAUCGACGAGAUCGAUGCCCUAGCACCGAGGCGAGAAGGCGGCACCGGCGAAGGUGCCAAUGCGGAUGGAGCCGGCGAGGUGGAGCGCCGAGUGGUUGCACAGCUUCUGACACUUCUCGAUGGCAUGGAAGAGGCCGAUGACGAUGACGACGAGGAUCCUCAGCAGGACGAAACAGCGUUGACUGAUUCAAGGAUGGAACAGAGGUCAUUGUCGAAGACAAAGAAGGCGGCGAGAGUGCCUGCUCGCGUAGUUGUUCUUGCUGCGACCAACAGGCCCAACGCCAUUGAUCCUGCUCUUCGUCGUCCUGGACGAAUCGAUCGAGAAAUUGAGAUCGGCAUCCCGACCGCUGCAGCUCGAGGCGAGAUCAUCCGAACUCUCAUACAGCCCGUACCACAUGCUAUGACUCCGGAGCAGAUCGACGACCUCGCUAGCCGUACACACGGUUAUGUCGGGGCAGAUCUUUCUGCGCUCGUCCGCGAGGCUGGUAUGCGAGCCGUUCGACGUACCUUUGCUCGGCGCAAAGCCGAACCUGAUCAGCUGGAGGCCAAGAUUGCUUCCAUGACGCUCGAAGCCAACGCUGUAAAUAAUACCAACGAUGCUACGCUCGACCAGGUGACUGCAACAGACGUCCUUGCGUCUCUGCCGCUCGUCCGACCCUCUGCCAUGCGCGAGAUCUUCCUAGAACCACCAAAAGUAUAUUGGUCAGACAUCGCUGGUUCUUCGACGCCCUCAGCAGGUGGCUCGGGGGCACUGUCCUCCAAAUCCGUCCAAGCUCAGGUCCGCGAACUCGUCGAGUGGCCCAUCAAGCAUGCCGCCGCUUUCAACCGAUUGGGCGUCUCCCCGCCUCGAGGCGUUCUGCUAUACGGCCCACCGGGCUGUUCGAAGACGCUCAUUGCUCGAGCUCUCGCUACGGAAUCUGGACUCAACUUCCUCGCCGUCAAAGGUCCCGAACUAUAUUCGAAGUACGUAGGUGAAUCAGAACGUGCCAUCCGCGACACUUUCAAGAAAGCACGAGCAGCAGCACCUAGCAUCAUCUUCUUUGACGAGAUUGAUGCCCUCUCCUCCAGCCGCGAUGGCGAUUCCUCGAGCGGGGACGCACUCAACAGCCGUAUCAUCGCCACACUGCUCAACGAGAUGGAUGGAAUCGAGGCCAUGUCGGAUGUCAUUGUGAUCGGCGCCACCAACAGGCCACAGACGCUGGAUCCUGCUCUACUACGACCAGGUCGACUCGACAGGCUUGUGUACGUUGGCCCGCCGGAUCACGCGGCGAGGCAGCAGAUCCUGCGUACAAGGAUGGCCAAAAUGGCAGUUGGUGCAGACGACGUCGAUUUGGAGAAGCUCGCGCAGAUGACGGAUGGUUGCUCGGGCGCCGAGGUGGUCUCGGUUUGUCAAGAGGCAGGGCUGUUAGCAAUGGACGAAGAUCUAAAUUGCGAAAUAAUCGAGCAACGACACUUUGAGAUUGCUGCUUCGUCGGUCAAACGUCGCAUCACUUCACUGAUGCUUCGGCAGUACGAGACUUGGCGCGACACCCUCGUCGUCUAA